UUUUAAUGUAAGCUUUAUUAGGCCACAGUCAAUAAACCAAAGUGCAUUUGCAUUUAAAGUGAAUUAAAAAAAACGACUUAACAUUGUAAGAUUUACAUGCGUCAUAAUAGAAUAAUCCCAUUAUUAACCGUGAAAAUAUUGUUAAAAAUGGAUACAUAUAAACUUCUGUUGACAUCGAUUACAAGAAAUUGAUUUAAAAUUGAUCACUGUUUUUCUCUGGUCACAUGUUAUGAAACGUUAUUGAUUGGUCUUACAAAACAGUGGACAAUUGAAUGAACUUAUAAAAUGCUAGUCAACCCGGGACAAUGCUUCAUUUAUUGACUGGACAGCAAUGAAAUUUCGGACGAAGGAACUUUACAGACGAUUUUCGGAAUAUGUCGUCUGCUUCAUAGUUAUCACACAUGGCAUUGGAGGUGCACGCGUGACUGAUUUAGAGCCUAAAUAUGGCAGUUUGGCAGGUGAAACGAGGCUGACAAUUUUGGGUUCUGGAUUCUCUGCGGACCAGUUUAGUCAGAAUGACGAUCCCAAUGUCGGUAACAAAGUUUUCUUGGUUAGUGAAUCUGAUGCCGAGUACUCGUGUGCAGUUCAUAAGGAUGGUUGCACAGAAACUCAAAUCAUGUGUUACACCCCAAAAGGUAUGUUGGAAGAGGAUCACUAUGUGAAAGUUAAAGUUGACGGUAUAGUGGUUGAAGAUGCGGAUCUUUGUAACGGGAACCCGAAAGGCUCUAAAUGCACAUACAAGCCAAGGGCCAGAAACACACCUACCAUUGAAGAAAUGUCGACACAAUCUGGAAAACCUGGUACAUUUGUGACGCUGACUGGAAAUAUUAUCAGUGACAGAUACGGCAGUAACAUGGUCGCUGCAACGAACGGGAAAACAGAGAAACU